AUGUUUUUCUCCCUGUCUACUGUAACUGUUCUUGUGCCGCUGAUAUCCUUGACUGGACUGUUUUACUCGGCGACGGUGGAUGACAAUUUCCCACAAGGCUGCACGAGUGCAAGCAGUGUGUGUUUCUACAGUCUGCUGCUGCCAGUAACUAUUCCUGUGUAUGUUUUCUUUCACCUUUGGAAGUGGAUGGGAAUCAAAUUAUUUCGACACAAUUAGACUGUAGUUUCCUUUUUUCCCACGCAACAUGAGACUAUUUUAAUGUUAUGCAUUUUUGUGAACAAUGUUUGCUUGUAAACAAUAGACAUUGAAGAUUCAUAUACAGGAACAUUUAACUGGAUGUUAACAUCAAAGCGAACAAUGUAAAAAUACAGAAUAAAACUGCAAAUGCCAAA